UACAGUAGCUAUAAUAAAAGGAGUUUCCCUUUCCCAAUCUGGACGCACGAAUCCAGUGACACACAGAGCUAGCUAGCGAUGGCGGCCGGAGCCGGAGGAGACGGCGGCGGCGAGCUGAAGCUUCUGGGGACGUGGGCGAGCCCGUUCGUGCAGCGGGUGCGCCUCGCGCUGAACCUCAAGGGCCUCGCGUACGAGUUCAUCGAGGAGGAGAUCGGCGGCGGCAAGAGCGAGCUCCUCCUCGCCUCCAACCCCGUCCACAAGAAGGUCCCCGUCCUCCUCCACCGCAGCAACCCCAUCUGCGAGUCCCAGGUCAUCGUCCAGUACCUCGACGACGCCUUCCCCGGCGGCGCCGCCGGCGGCGACCUCCUCCCCUCCGACCCCCACGCCCGCGCCGUCGCCCGAUUCUGGGCGGCGUACAUCGACGCCGAGUUCUUCGCGCCGUGGAACAGGUCGUUCUACACGGCGUCGGAGGAGGAGAAGACGGCGGAGAUGGGGAGGGCGGCGGCGGCGCUGGCGACGAUCGAGCGCGCGUUCGCGGAGCUGUCGAGGGGGAAGGGGUUCUUCUCCGGCGAGGACAGGCCGGGGUUCGUCGACGUGGUGCUCGGCGGGUUCGUGGGCUCGAUGCGCGCGUACGGCACGGCGGUCGGCGUGGAGGUGCUCGACGCCGGGCGCACCCCGCUGCUGGUGGCGUGGGCGGAGCGCGUCGCGGCGCUCGACGCCGCCAGGGGCGUCAUCCCCGACGUCGAACGCGUCGUCGAGCUCUCGCGCUACGCGAGGAAGAAGUAGACACGGUAACGAUUUGUGUUGUCCUGUGGUGUUUGUAUCGUCAAAAUAAAUGUGGCACAAAGGUUGUCAUCAUUAGUGAGCAUUCUUGCCGGUUUCUUCUCCAGUUUAAGUGUCUGUGUUGCUUUUGUUUGGACUGCGGGGAUGUUAGAAUAUAUGGUAGUUAGAGUUAUAUUAGAAUGGACUGAUUUGUGUGGACUUCUUUCAUAUCUGUAAUUCUUUCUUAUCUUCUCCCCAUGUACUCCUAUAUAUCGGCCCCUGAGGCUCAAUAUAAUGGGUCCAAUAUUCAUAGUAUUCUCUCUCCCUA